CCGACACUCAUGUCUCCCGCCCAACAUGUCUGUCUCCCCGCCCAUCUACCGCUACUCGUCGACCAGCUCUAGUAGUCGUGAGGAUCUCUCAACCAGUACGAGGCGGAGGAAGAGCGCAUCAUCAACGUCCUCUCACGAAAGCUCGAGCGGGUGCGUCAGUUUCGUGGCCGCAAGAAGUAAGUCGUUGACCUUUUCGCAGCUUCGAGAGGAGAAGAUUGCUCUCGAGAACACCCUCGAGGCCGAGUCUGAAAGUCAUGUAAACAGACUUUCAAGGGAGAUCUCCGUAUUGCGCCUAGCGCAACAGCAACAGGCACAGGUCAAUGGCAACGGCAGCGGUAGCAUCUCCCCGGUAGACACACGGUUCGGGAUUCAAACGUUUCUGGGCUAUCGGAACCCCACCGAACCGAACACAGAGAUGAUGCUCGAGGCGAUGCGCAGGGAGAACGAGCAGCUGAGGACCAGGCUCGUCGACACCGAGCGCGACUACAUUCGCAUCACCCGGCUGAACGAGAUAUAUCGGGAGGAGUUGAUCGAGCACAGGAGACGGCUUGGUCUACCUGUGGACAACCUCAUAGGCCUUGCAUCUCCCGAUCCCUACUCUCAACCUACUCACCACCGAACGUCUUCAUCGGCCUCCUCUCCGUCGACCUCAAUACCGAUUAGUCCAAGCCCCCAACGCUUGCAGAGUGCUCGUCCCACUCCAGUCCCGAUCCCCCGUCCGCCAUCACAGAUUCACCGUCCAGUUAACGCGAUCUCCGAGGCCAACACGCCACUGUCGCAUUCGCCAUCAUCCGUGUCCUCCUCCUCACCUUUCCCUCUGUCCCCGCCGUCUGCCUCGCCUAUGCCGACUAGCUAUGCGAGCGCACACACCAACGUGACGACGCCGCCCUCUUCAGCAUCUCUCACAUCCAACCCGCCUGCUCCCUACCCAGGCGCAGCCACGACCCUCUCGUAUCCUUCCGUGCCGCCACCAUCAUUGUCGUCCUCCUUCGGCUCCCCAUCCACGAUGUACCACAUAAACACCAUGUAUCCCAGACGGGAUAGCAUUGAUAGGCGAGUUGCGGAAUCCGGGACUUUCAGCCGCAGUCAAAGUCAGGGCCACAGUCGGCGGGCGAGUGUCGAACGUGGUGCCAGGAUCGCAGAGACGGGGUCUCUUCUCCCUCGGGGACGCACGACACGCGAACAGAGCGUGCAAGAAUCGCCCGAGGAGACGAACGGCGAGACGAGUUCGUCAUCCAAUGGUGGAACUGUCCGACCACCGAACGGGCACAGCUGACUAUCCGCUCGUCUCUGGUGAUGACGGUGUUGUGAGUGACGAACGUAACGAUUUUCGUGGCGAUCGACCACGAAGCUCAAGGACAUGGGUCCCGCAUUGUAUGAAUUAGCCGCUGUAACUUUCCGACUGUGAGGCCUAGACCCGGACAAGAUCUGUAUUUGUAUACGAAGCAUCGUCGCCACGUCUCGUUACCGUAGCCCAAUGAAUAAUGUUUGUUUGCCAUGCCUC